AUGCAGCACAUGCUCCCUCUGCUCAACAACAUGGAAGCACCUCCCGGCCAGAGCAGCAAGCAGCAGCAGCUGAUGAGGACGGUGUCCAUCUCCGUGCUGGUGAUGUCGCUGCCGGUGCUCUACGUCUCCUUCCUCCACGUCCCGCCGGCCGCCCUCUUCAGGGACACCACCUUCUGGUUCCUCAUGUCCAACUCCAUCAUCAUCGUCAUCGCCGCCGACUCCGGCAUGCUCUUCUUCCGCUCCUCCUCCUCCGCCUCCUCUGCCUCGCCGGACGACGAUGACGGCGGCCUCUCCUUCGCCGCCGUCUCUGGCGCCGAGCCGGCGGUGACCGUCUCCGUCGGCAUCAAGGACGGCCGCCACGCGCCGUCGACGUUGGGUGGCUCCGACGAGGCGGAGGCGGAGGCCAUCAAGGACCAGCCGGGUGUCCCGGAGCACGGAGACCUGGCGGCGGCCAUCGCCGAGAGCGACCGCGCGUACCCAUUGGUCCCGCGGGAACGUCGUCAUGGAGACCGAGUGGCGGCGACCACGCCAGAGACCAGAGACAUCAUCGUCGUAACCCCGUCCGCAACGAACGUCGACGCCGGCGCAAUCGUGCCGGCGGUGGCGACGAGACGGCUGACGGCGAGCCGGAGCCUGGCCGAGAGGGAGGAGAGGCGGCGGCACCAGCGCGCCGGGCACCGGCCGUCGCACUCGCACUCGCAGGCGCUCGUCCCCGUGCAGGACAAGAGCGUGGUGGUCAUCAGCGAGGAGAGCCGGCACCUCCGGCGAGCCGCGACGACGGACAGGCGGCCCCCGGCGGCGGAGCAGGAGAUUGUUGACGAGAAGGAGAGCGAGUACUCGAGGCUGUCGGACGAGGAGCUCAACCGGCGCGUGGAGGAGUUCAUCGCCAGGUUCAACCGGGAGAUCAGGCUGCAGCUGGAGAAGGAGGAGCAAGCAGCCGCCGCCUGA